UCCGACUGUGGGGCUAACAUCGAGAUCCGAAUAUUGCGUGAGGUGUGUGAGAUGUUGGAUAUUUACAAGACCCGAACGGCGCCGUGGCACCCAGAAGGUAACGGCCAGGUCGAACGAACCAACCGUACCCUCAUCCAACUUCUGAAAACCUUCGCGAGCGGACCCAACCAGAAGGUCUGGGACGAACGAUCCCCUCUUUCUAUGAUGGCCGACCGCGCUGCGGAAAACGCAUCAACCGGGUAUGCCCCAUUCUUUAUGCUCACAGGGCGUCCUUUUCGUUUACCACUCGAUUCCUGCAUACCGACUACCAUGCCCCCUCAAUACACGCCGAGCUCAUAUGUGUGGGAACUACAGGAACUUCGUCGGUCUACCCAUGACAUGGUGCGACAACAGUUAGGCGCGGCGGUGAACGGUACGCCCUUCCAACGUGGCGAUUGGGUAUGGAAUGAGCGCCAAGUUCCGCCCCUGGGUUCGUCGGCCAAGUUCCACCACUCUUGA